AUGACGUCCGUGUCGCAGCCCGCGCGCUGCGCCCGCACGGACGAGCCGCUGAUGGAGCUGGUCGCCGAGGGCGUCGGCGCCGAGACGGGCGUCGUGCCGCUGGCAGUGGACGGCUUCGACGUCACCGCGCGGCUCGGCAGCAAGCUGGAGAGCAUCGGCGGGCAGCAGGACGUCGACCACAGCGGGCCCAUGCGUGGCGAGGGGGGAGUUCACUGCGACGGUGAGAGCAACCUGGAGGGCCUCGACGUGAAGAAGGACUCCUGCUACCGCCAGCCCCUGCGCGGCGAGGGGGUAGGCCACAUGGAUGGCGAGAGCAAGCUGGAGGGCAUCGACGUGCCGAAGGACAUCGACCACGGCGAACCCCUGCGCGGCGAGGGGGUAGGCCUUUGA